AACCUAACCUUCCAAAUUGAAGCCCAGCGUAUCAAACAUGGCGCAUGACGGGAGCAACCUGUUCCAGAUCCGCCGCAUCUUCGGCUUCCCGACGUCCGCGGCGUCGUCCAAUGGGUCGAUACCGGCGCUUAAGAUCGCUUCCAUGGCCGUUCAUACUCUGGAGAAGAAGCAGCUACUAGCGCUCGCCAUCAGCGAAGAGUUCCCCAAAACGACACCCCACCCGAAGAGCGACAGCUCGGCGGCCUACGCGGGCCCCGCAGACGCGAAAACCAACUUCCUGUUAGUCCGAACCAUCGAAGAAGAUCAGCGUACCCGCUUCUGGCGCUUCCCCGUGUGCUCCACUCCCAAACAACAGAAAGCCGGCAAAGCUGAAAGGCUCUCAGCCUUGGAGUUCAGUCCCGAGGGAGAUUGGCUCGCAGCCUUAUCGCAGCGAAAGAACCGACUGCACCUGGUGCCGGUAUUGACAUUAGUGGCUAAUCAGCGACGUGCCAUGCUGGACGCGUCGUACCAGCCCACGUCGCAUCACCGCGAGCUCAUGAACGUGAAUCAGGCAGCAAUGACGACGCAGAUGGCGUCAUAUCUUCGCGCCACCAACGAGUAUGGAGGCCUCAAUGGAGCUCGUUAUCACUCCCAAGUGGCAGGAGACGACGAGCAGAUGAGCACGCUCGAGUUCGCCCCGGGUAUUGGGAGCAUCACGUGUGUCAGGUGGUGGAGAUCGCUCAAUGGCAAGAAUUACUGCCUAGUAGGCGGGACGGAGAGCUUGAUUUCAAUUGUCAAUGUAGAGGAGAACGCGGAAGAAUGCAGAUGUGAGCUGGUGAAUGCAGGCACUAUUGUGAGUAUUGAUUUAAUGCAGGAGAACUUCAGGAAGGAACGCAGAACUUCCAUGUUGGUGAAAGCCAAGAGCGAGGAUAUCGACGAUAAGGAGAGAGAAGCAGGUGGAACGGGGGUGAGAUACUAUCGAGUUGUAUUGGAGAAGAAGUUUCAGGCAAGACCAAAAGUGUCACCAAAGAAGAGGACGAAGAAACAGGAGAACGAAACGACGGAGGGUGCUCCUUCGACGCUGAAAAUCGUGACGACAACUGGUGGAUCCUCGUCUUCGAGUGAGACGAACUUUACGACGACAAAUACUGGCGGAUCGGGCACGUUUAGUUUCUCGAAAGCUCCCAAGCUUGUCGUCAAGACGUUCCCACAGCAUUUCCUGGAAGACAUGGACUUCCGACCGCAACGCAUUAAAAAGAACUCGCCGCAAGUAUGUUUGUAUCCUAUCAACGGAGUACUGAGCUCGGAGUCGUCUCUAGCGCUGUAUGAUUGCAGCAAGAGGAAAGCCAAUCUCUAUUCCAAUUUUCAUUGGAGACUCAAAGGCGAGUACGAGGUCCCUGACCUCCUACCUGCAUCUUUCGCUGAUACCGGGGAGCUAAGUGAAGUUGAAAGCAGUGGAACUAGUGGCCAGCAGGAAGAAACAGAAGGUUCAAGUCCUGCCGAGGAAAAGGACGAGGUUGUGGACGUGGAUUUGACUUACUGUUCAACAGAUUUGAUGCUGCUGCAAGGCCGCACGUCCAAGUCUAACGAGACGAUCUCGACGUGGGUCUCGCUUCCAUCGAACCAAGGAAUGGACGAAGACGUUGUUCGAGCGCAUAUUGUGCACUACCUUUCGUUACAUGGCAACGAAAGAAUCGAGCGUGUGGUUCAGAGUACGGCGAGAAGUUCGAGUCGUGGGGGUGGGAGCGGAAACGUGGGUGGCAGUCAGUCCGGGGAGGCAGAGAUCAUCUAUAUCCUGCAAACGAAGCACAACGCGUACGAAUGUCGACCACAAUGGUCCCGUUUGGCACUCUUCAAGGCGCUCUGUGCUCGCUCCAUUGCGCUUCGUGACGCCUUGUCCAUCGGCUACGCUCUUGGUAUCGACAUGGCUUCACUAUGUCAGGUGGUUGCCAACACUUUGUACACCAAUGUGAUCGACGGCAGUACAACCGCAGACACCGAGUUUGUUCAGUGGGUACGUGAACUCUUUGAAGUCUCCCGAGUUAUGCCGUCCAGUGCUGUGGAGCAGUUGACUGCGAUGGGAGGUGUGCAGAGCGCUAUUGACUAUGCCCAGCAUGUGCUUUCAAAGCCUGUGCGCGACUCGAUAUAUGAUGGAGGGGAAAGAAGACGUGUCGCUUUGCUGCUGGUGGAUCUGGUCUUUCAGCAGCAGCUACAGAAAGAUACAUCGCAUGAUACUGAAGCAGGGCAGGUGCAGUCUCUAGAAAGGCAAGAUAAAGAGCGUGAAGCGUGGCUCGUCGAAUUCCUGGAGACUAAUCGAGAUUACAUGACCACAGACAUCGUGGACCUCUGUCUUUCCCAGCAGCAUGUGGAUAAGGCGAUCCUUGUAGCAACUCGACGAGAUGAGGUGCCGAGUGUUCUUGAGAAGAUUGUCAGUCAGGGACUGGCCUCCGCAGUGUCUGAGAAGCUAUUGCGUUCUCUUCUUGAAUCUGGCCACGCUGCUGCGCUUACGGCUCCAUCCAGUCGCUUAAUUCUGCGGUCAUUUCCGAUCGAAGCUCAAGUGGAAGUUCUGUUGGCGCACCCACCUGCUAUUCUUCAGCAUCGAGACUGGCUGGAGCGUAACUUGGCUGCAAUCUCUCCUCAGCUUUGCCGUCAGCUUGCUGGCAAGAUUAACCCUGCACAGCCAGAAAGCGCAGAGUUAGCUGCCUCAGCUACGGUGGAGGAGUCUUCGUCAGCGAAGACUGGGGUACAUUCUGAAGUUUCCACGUCCGAGUUCAUAAAGGUGGUUCCAGAAGAGCAGGUGGAGCUCUUUCUCACUCUCCUCCUGCACUUGAAUUGUCGAACACAAGACGAUGAAGCAGAAAGUGACGAUGAGUUCUCGCAAUCGAGACUUGAGACGCUCCUGAAGGACUUGGCAUCGCAGUAUCGCCCACCUAUCAUGGUGUCUCGAUGUAUUGAUUACGAGAAUUGGACUGCGGCGGCCUGUAUUUAUGAAGCUCACGGAGAACUGGUGGAAGCGCUUGAGUGUCGCCUGCAUUCACACAACGCGCGUAAUUCCCAGCCGACAUUUGAGGACGCUAUCACUCGCCGCCGUCAGCAGUCGAAUGACUCGGUUAGCAGCGCUAUAUCUGACGAAUCCGACUUCCAAGAGCAGAUGCGUGAAGAACUGUUGCAGCUGCUGAACUCGUUGGUCGUGCAGAGUCACAGCUCUGAAGUCAUUUCGGCACAGAUCCGUGCUGCUAUCCUUGCUCGUAUCCUGGUCAAGUGGUUUGACUAUGGUCUUAAGCGCACUGUCUUGGAGGUUUUCCUCAUCGACCCCGACGUAUUCAAGCACGUAUCAUCAUUACUUGCCCAGAUCUUCUUCUCGGAAGUUGUGGAGUCCAUUCUAUCAUCAACGUCGACUGCAAACAGAUCCAGUCAAGGGUUCGAUGACCGCGACAAGGAGUGGGUGUACAAGUGUCAGCAACUGCCGUUCUCAGGACAAUUCCUUUUCCGAGUCUGCGUGUCAUUCUUGGAUAGAAACCACGAGAACCCAGAGCCGGAGCCACCGACUCGGAAGCUGCUGGAGCUCGUGAAGACCAACGUCGUUGAGAACGAUCUAUCGCAUGGUGUCGUUCCUAUAACUCCUCAUUCAGCGCAAGCUCUUGGGAAGACCGAUCCACUAGAGACUCACGUCAAGGCGUUCACAUGCGGUCACUUGUUCCCGAAGCGUGUGUUCGAAGAAGAAGUGGUGCCAGAAUUUGAGAAACGCAUGAAUGCUCUGCCAAUGCCACUAUUUGCAACCAAGCAAGCGUUCACCCGCGAGUUCAAGCGUGGCGCUAGCGAGACUCCAUGUCCAGUGUGCAGCUUCAACAAGAUCAGUCAAGUCGUGUUCCAGCAGUACAAGGCGAGCCACAAGGAAGGUCCAGUGCAAGCAAGACGACAGCAGAAGGUGCCGUACUAUUUCCUGCAUCGAGAAGCCAGCGAACGUCUCGGCUUCUCAGCUGAAGUACAGAGCACCAAGCCAAUGAAGCACGAAGCUUGGGAAUGGAGAGAGCAACGAUCAUCGUAAGAAUAGGUGAAGCGGUUCAUGAUACAUCGUGUUUGUGCCUUUAAUUCUGACGUCGAUAAGUUAGUGGGCGUCUGUGCAUGUACACAGCAAAACUGGGCGUUUAUCUUUUCCGCUUCUUGCCACGCUUGGCACGGAUCUCGGCGUUGCGCUUGUCGCUCUUCAUACGCGGAUCCACAAGCUUCACCUUGCCCUUGCCGGCCUUCUU